UGUAGAAGGGUUCCCACUUUCUGAACCCACACAUUCUUGUCAAAUGCUCUCCCAGGCCAGGGAUAGAAGCAAUGAGGCACACCCCUCAUCUCCUUUCAUCUGCUUCACCUUAGCCCCUCAAUGGCAAGGUUAAGAGCACACUUCACCCCAUUCCAGAGGUUUGUUUGUUGAGGUUGAUAUGACCCCUCGACUAAAACCUAACCCUUGUGUGAGCCUUUUGUGUGUAUAUAGUGUGUGCUACCUGUGCUUGUAUGUUUGUUUGACUUGCUUCCUGUGCAAGUUAGGUUUAGUUUAGACUACUCCUUGUUUGUUUUCGCCCUCGUUGCGAUCCUUUCUCUCGCCCUCGUUGCGAUCGAGCCUUUUCCUUUCUCUCGCCCUAGUUGCGAUCGAGACUUUCCCUUUCUCUUGCCCUAGUUGCAAUCAGAUCCUUUAUCCCUCCGUAGCCGAACUACGGCAACUCUGAUUCUCAUAUUCAGAUGAGAUACGUAGGCACGAGACGCGAUGUCUUGCCGAGUUUGACUAACAACUAACGCUAAUUCUCUUCUCUCGCCCUCGUUGCGAUUGAGACUUUCUCUUCUCUCGCCCUCGUUGCGAUUGAGACAUUCUUUUCUCUCACCCUCGUUGUGAUUGAGACCUCCCUUUUCUCUUGCCCUAGUUGCAAUCGAGACCCUUGCUUCCUGUGCAAGCCUUGUCUAGGAUAGGUUGGCCCGUGUGCCAUUUAGCUAGAAACCUUAACUUAGGGUUGACUUUGCAUGACAACAUCUAGGCUCGAGUCGUAGUCUCCCUAGAGUUGUGUCUCCCUCUGUUAUCUGGUUAGGCUAGAUCCUUGUCCCUGCGUAGGGGAACUACAUCGCCCUGAUCUUCAUACCAGAUGAAGUAUGUAGGCAGGAGAUUGAGCUGAUCUCUCCGGGCGCCUUUUCUUUUCUUUUGUGUUUGUUUGACAGUUGUAGGCUCGAGUCCCCGACUCCCUAUUAACUUGUUAUGUUGUUGUGUGCUUGGAAGCCGAUGUAAGUCCAUCGAGUGGCAUUUGGGUUCCAGUGUGGGUGUGUUUUGGUUCGGAUGCUGAUGUAAGUCCAGUGAUUGGCAUUCAGGCUCCACGUUUGCCUGUGUCUUGUUUGUUUGUGUGCGCGUCAGCCGAGCUACGAAUGCUCUGAUUCUUCUCUCGUCCGAGAAGAUACGUAUGCAUAGGAUGCGAUAUCCUAGCGAGCAUGUGUUGUUUCCCCAGUCCGAACUACUUCGACUCUGAUGUCUAUGCCUGAUAGACUAAGUAGGCCCAGGAUGCGACAUCCUGCCGAGUCAGUUUCAGUCAGUUUCUUUUGUCUCUUUCAGCCAGUGUGUGUGUGUUUGAGCAGUGUUUAGCAACCAAUUUUCCUUCCUUUUGUGCGUGGAUCCCGUAGAGUACUACGGAUGCGUAGGGUGCCUAAUACCUUCCCUUCGCAUAACCGACUCCCGAACCCAUUCUCUUUGGUCGCGAGACCAUGUUCUUUCCUAGGUUUACUCUGAGCGUUUCCUUUCCCUCUUUUGGGAUAAAUAACGCACGGUGGCGGCUCUGUUGUUUCUUUCUUUUCCCGCCGGUUUUUCGCGUAAUGCGACAAUAGCAAGAAUGGUUUUGUGCCUCCACAUAACUAUGCCUCCUGUAGGGUUUGUUCUAGGAACUCUCAAGGAUGCCUAACUGUUGUAACGGAUCUCCAGGAUCAAAUGGACUAAGGUUACAUUGAAGCCUACCGAGACAGAGAUUAUAGUCAAGUCAAUAUGGUCAAUAGUGACAACGAAGUGAAUGUCAUAGUUCCUCAUUUCAACGACUCUGAGCCUAUACAAAUUACUUAUGACAGUCGGAAUACUUCUGUGACUCCUCUGGUCAUUAACUUACCGGGCCCAGUUCCCUACCAAUUUGAUAAAGUCGUGCCUUACAAGUACAAUGCUACAAUGAUUGAGAAUGGAAAUGAUGUUCCUCUACCCUCCAUUGUUAACUUCGUUGGUGUAAGCAGAGUCACAAGGAGUGGGCGUAUAUUUGCAAAAAGGACUGAGGAUGUCGCAGCAGGAAAGCAGACUCAUGUUGAGAUCCCUUUUGAACCGGUUGGCCAAUCUGAUAACAUGAAUCCGAAAAGUGAUGAUGAUGAUGAGGUGUUGAAGCUCAUCAGGAAAAGUGAAUACAAUGUGGUGGAACAAUUACUGCAUAUACCUUCCAAGAUAUAUGUGUUAUCUUUGUGGAUGAACUCUGAGGCUCACCGUGAAGCUUUGCAAAAAGUCUUAGAACAAGCUUAUGUAGACUAUGAUGUGACGGUUGGACAAUCUGAUGGUAUCAUCGCUAACAUCACGGCCUGCAACAACUUGAGUUUCAGUAAUGAAGAGCUCCCCGAAGAAGGAAGAAAUCAUAACAUGGCACUAAAUAUCUCAAUCAACUGUAUGAAUGACUUAUUGUCAAGUGUGUUAGUUGAUACAGGAUCGUCUCUCAAUGUCAUGCCGAAGUCGACACUUUCCAGACUUUCUUUUCAAGGUGCUCCUAUGAGGAGUAGCAGGAUUAUUGUCAAAGCUUUUGAUGGUUCCAGAAAAACAGUCAUUGGAGAAGUUAACCUUCUUAUGACCAUCGGACCUCAUACUUUCCAGAUAAAAUUCCAGGUGAUGGACAUAGAAGUUGCGUAUAGUUGUUUAUUGGGUCGGCCUUGGAUCCAUGAAGUUGGGGCAGUCACUUCCACUCUGCAUCAGAAGCUUAAAUUUGUGAAGAACGGGAAGCUAGUGACAGUCUGUGGGGAGAAAACACUAGUUGUGAGCCACUUAUCAUCUUUCUCUUAUCUUGAACCUGAAGAAGAUGUUGGAACUCAAUUCAAAGCCCUUUCUUUGAUUGACAAAGAUAUCAAGAGAGGAGUAUCCAUCUCUUCAUUCAAGGAUGCACAACGGCUAGUCAAUGAUGGUAUAACCGAUGGUUGGGGAACAAUUUUGGAUCUUCCAGAAAACAAACACCGAGAGGGUUUAGGCUUUUCUCCUACUUCCAAGAAGAUUGCAGAAGGAAGUAGAUCUGUUCGUUCAAUCAAAGAAACUUUCCAUAGUGGAGGGUUCAUCAAUCCCACUUUUCCAGAAGUUAGUGUUGUCACUGAGGAUAAUGAUUCAACAUGGGAACCCUACUGCGACGAUCCUGAAUAUGAUCUUGAGGCGGAAGAUGCAUAUGUGCCUUUCUACUUUCCUCAUCAUAAAGAACUUAAAUACAUCCCGGGGUCAGAAGACGAAGCAGCUGAAGCCAAUGCCAUUGUGGAAGACAAUCCUAAAGAUGUUCCGACAGACUUCAUAGCUCACGGAGUAAUUCGCCAAAACUGGACCUAUGUUGAUGUUCCUGUUGUUGUUCAGAUUUCAAAAUUAAUUCAUGACAUAUCCAUUAAAACCAAUGACCCUAUGCCCUCUUGCAACUUUGAAUUCCCUGUGUACGAAGCGAAAGAAGAAGAAGAGGAAACCAUUCCAUAUGAAAUCUCUAGACUGCUCGAAAAUGAAGAAAAGACCAUUCAGCCACUCAAAGAGCUAAUGGAAGUAAUCAACUUGGGGUCUGAAGAGGAUAGAAAAGAAGUCAAAGUUGGAGCACUACUCGCGCCAGAGGUCAAAGAGAGGAUGAUGGAGCUUCUCCGAGAAUAUACCGAUGUGUUUGCUUGGUCAUACCAAGACAUGCCAGGGUUGGACACCGAUAUUGUGGAGCAUCGUUUACCAUUGAGGCCAGAGUGUCCACCGAUCAAGCAAAAGUUAAUAAGAACUCGGUCGGACAUGGCGAUCAAAAUCAAAGAGGAAGUGCAAAAGCAGAUUGAUGCAAGUUUCCUUGUGACAUUAAAAUUGUUGGUGUAA